AUGACGACGGCGCCAGGUCAAGCAGCCCCAGCGUCGCCAUCAUCAACCAGUCCCCCUCAGACCAGUGAACAUAGUGACGGAGAUGGUAAUCAGACAGAUGGCAGAAAGGGUUAUGGCAAGCGCGAGCUCAGCACGAGCAAGAGAGCUGCACAAAAUAGGGCUGCGCAGCGGGCAUUUAGACAGAGAAAGGAGGGGUACAUAAAGAAGCUUGAAGAGCAAGUUCGAGAUUACCAGGUUCUAUCCGACAAUUUCAAGACUGUACAAGCAGAAAACUAUCAGCUUCGCGACUAUAUUAUCAAUUUGCAGUCGAGGCUGCUCGAAAGCCAGCACGAGGUACCUCCACCACCAAGCAGCGUUGAUGGACUCUCGCCAGGUAAAGUUCAUCCACAACUCCACUCACAACAUCCUUCGAUACCUGCUGUCAACCCUCAACCGAGUCAACCACACCAAGGUCAAACUCUACCGCGCAUUGCAGAGAUGGGCAAUUCUCGUACAACACCACCACAUGAUUCGGUAUCAGGACCAAAGGAAAUCGGACAACAAUAUGGCUAUACUGAGCAGGCCUCUAAACGAUUAAAAACAUCACCAACCGUGACGCCCUCGCAAUCCGCAUUGCAAGGUAACGCUGUAUUAAAUCAGAGUCCGACGCCGAGAUAG